ACGUAGCCAUUAUGAUCAGAGCAAGCAUCCUUGUAGCACCGUGCCACACGCACUCAUUUUCUUGCCAUAAUUGAGUCAAAACUUAUUGUGUUAUAAAGAACAGGUGUUUAUAAAAGGUGAAAUUGUGUUUCUAAUUUAGCCACGGUGAUUAGUGUUGAUUAUCUACUGCAAUUAACAGCUAACGCUUCGCGGGUGUAAGGACACUUUCAUUGUACUUAGUGUUAUGCUACCUGUCCAUAUGCCAGGACAGGAAUAGCAGGGGAUCUAGUAAUCGAUAUUAUGUACUUGCUUGAAGCACAUCACGUCCAAAAGAGGAAGGCCGUAUUAGGCGUUGCUAUGCUACAUUGACUGUCGAAUUUUAGUGAAAAAAAGGAAGAAUAUUCCCAAAACCACUCGCCAGUUGAAUUCGUCCGGAAAGGUGAAAGGGCAGCAAUGACGGUUCUGAUUAGGGAGUUUUUCCCUUUUUCGGCAUGAUGGCCAUAGUCAUUUACUGCGCACGACGAAACCGACGGCUACUGCUGUUGCUGCUUGUUCGAGUGUUUUGAAGCCGUUCGGAUUUGUAUGGCUUCGUAUUGGGUUACUGCGAGUUUUCAUCGCACGAAGAGCCUUGCGAAAGGUCGUGAAUCUUCCCGCGUUCUAGCCAGCGCACGGUGUGUGCAAUAGUGUGUGAUGUGAAUUGAGUGUCAUUGUUGGGAAAGAGUUUGUUUAAAGUAAAUGCUAUACUAAUUCUGCUACCGAUGCCCGGGUUUUAUAGUCAGUGGGGAUAAGCUCAGCAGGAAUGCAAAUGAAACCGUGUAACAUCUGUGCAAAAUAUACAUACGUGAUGUUUUCAUUGUAAUUACGAAAUAAUAGAACUUCUGUUAUUGCAGUAGUGUGUUCUUAAAGAGGUGUAUUUUGUGCUUGUUGGCAAAUCAGUGUUUUUUGUGAUGAAAGAAAUUUUGAGAUGACUAUUCAAAUAUCCUUCGUCAAGGUUUAAUGCACCUGUCAGCGUGAUGCCUACAUGUGAAAUGGGAAACCAAUGAAUGGAACUUAUUGCGCCUAAAAUGGUAAACGGGGGCUUCGAGACGUCACGUAAGGUCAAGUCGAGCAACCAGGGACAGCGGACAUGGUAGAGAACGCCAUGACACGGGACAGCGAAAUACCGGCAAUCUUCAAUCCGAAACGCGUUCGCGCUCCCUCUGUCGUAGUGACAGGAGACUCCCCAAAUGGACCCUUUGGAGGUUUCACGAACAACGUGCCACAGAUUACACAUUCGGACUCGGUGACCUCGAGCCAGCACGAUGGCCAGGACAGUCUGAUCGGCAUCACGGUAACCGGUGGAAUGCAUGGCGGUUGUGAUACGCCAACAUCACAGCCACAUGCACUACUCGGUAGCGGCGGUGGCCUUGGUGUUGGCAGCGGCGGUGGCUCCGGCUCGGCUAACCCGGCAGUCUCCUCGAGUCUCCCCUCCACGUCGCGAGUAAAGGCAUGCCGAGCGUCAUGCUGCUCGGAGCUGGCGCAGAAGAUGUACUUCGGCGUGUGCGUAACCGUACUGGUAACGGCCUCGUGGGUUGGUGCAACGCACUGCAUCAAGUUCCUGUACCUGCGCCGAAAUACCUACGCUUCCACGCUGCCUCCACAUCUGACCGCGUUCAUCACCGACGGAACGACCGAUGCGAUUCCGGGUGGUGCGGCACCGGACCAGAACUCCACCUCGGCCAUGAUAGUUCACGGCUUCGGACCCACGUCCUCGUUCUUGCCCUCGACAACCAAACCGAUCAUUACCUCCGAUCGUGUAGCGCCCCCGCUAACCACACACGUCUUUAACGCACCGUUCUUUGCCUCUUGGUUCUGUACCAACUUCGCGAUACUCUUCUUCCCAAUCUACAUCCUCGGGCGGGUCGCAAUCAAGAAGUGUGACGGAACAGGCGAAGUGCUGGGCGAAAUUUUGCGGGGCUUCCGGGACCGAGGCUUCACCAUCGGACGCUUCCUGAACCGCUGCCUCACGUUCUGCGUUCUGUGGCUGCUGACCACAUAUCUGUACGCGCUCUCGCUCAAGGACCUUCUAGCAACGGACGUUAUGGCUCUGUUCGCGACGAACGUAGCCUGCGUGUACCUAUUGGCGUGGGUAAUUCUCCAGGAGCAGUUUGUUGGUGUGCGGAUCGUCGCUGUGAUACUGUGUGAUACGGGUAUUGCGCUGCUGGCCUACAUGGACGGAAUUACGGGUAGCCCUACGUUGGGCGGAGUGGUUCUAGCGGCCCUGGCUGCCGCUGGUUAUGCUGUCUUCAAAGUAAUGUUUCGUAAGGUGAUGGGCGAUCCGCCCGUCGGGCAGAUCGCAUUCACGUUCUCGAUCAUCGGCUUCCUGAAUGCGGCCAUCUUGUGGCCGGUCUGCAUAGCACUCUAUUUUACUGGUGCAGAAAUUAUGCCCUGGGAAACCCUUCCUUGGGUAGUGCUGCUGAUGGCCAGCGUUUUACUGCUAGUUUUCCACAUCCUUACGCAGUUCAGCAGUGCCGUUACGUACAACAUGUUUGUCACCCUGGGACUUAUAACGGCUGUACCCGUUUCAGCUGCACUCGACAUCGUGUUGUACGGGGCUCACUUUGCUGGUAUGAAGCUGGCCGGUAUCAUAUUGAUAGCAGUCGGUUUCUUUCUCGUAAUGUUUCCGGACAAUUGGCCCGAUUACAUCACCCGUUUGCUGCGAAAAACUGGUCGCGCAUUACUAAGAAACCAAUGUUGUUGUGAUACUGCUGAUAAUGAUUACGAAAAUUCGAAAUAUCAUCUUGUUGGGUCACAACGCGAGAUGGGGUCGUCAUCCUCGAAGCGGAACUCCAUCGCAGCAUCGCGACGUCAUCGACUAUCGGACGGGCUACAUUCGAUCGCAUCUUCGCUCUCCCUCUGGCCGGGUGAGAUGACCGAUCUGCAGCAGCAGCAGCAGCAGCAACAUCAUUUGCAGCAUCAGCAGAGCCUGCAGCACUUUCAGCACAUCCUGCGCAAUGAUAGCAGUAGCGAUUUCGUUGGUCUAAACCCGCACGCAAAACUGCGCCACUAUUCGCUCACCGAAAUGACAACCAACUUCAUCCGAAAGCCGGGUUCGAUCCGGCUUAGCCCAGGGUUGGGUACCGGGAGUGGUCCUAAUUCUCUGUCGGCCACAACCGACGCUCAUCGCUAUCCAUCGAUGAACGGGCGUAGCAGCUCUUACGGGUCGCUGGAGUAACAAUGCUCCCUUUCCCCGUACGGAGCAACAGCUUAAGGACAAUCUUUCAAACAAGCUGCGAUACACAAUACUUAGAUGUUUCGUGCACAGGAACUGUGACACGAUUACGCGAGACGCGAUAAAGUUAAAAGUAGAGCAGGUGGAUUUUGCUUUCCUUUAAUCUUUUAGUGUCUGAAUUUUUUUAUCUGCUCGUGGACAAACAAACAAACCACAUCGUACCAAAGAUCGAACAGAGUCACAAUUACUUUAGUACUAUGUUCACUCACAGCAAUGCUACUAAUAACGACAGACAGUUAGGUGUAAAGUAUUUCGUUCGCCGCAAGCAUCCACAGCAGUUGUCCACAGCAAGCAUGUUAGCAGUUUUCAAUUGCCUGAUAGUUUAGCAAUCACUACACUAAUUCCCCUUUGAUAACAUAACUAGAGUCGUUUUAUCAGUACCUAUCACACACAGCCAGAAUCUUAGUUAUAUUUUAAUUAGUGUACAGCGUUGAUUCCCAUUUUCAAAAGGAAAACUUUAAUGAACUAGUAAUAAUGAGAAUCAUAACAAUAGUGUAAGCAGCGCGUAUAUAAGCGUUACUAGUUUACUAACACUAAUGAUAGCACUUCUCUACGGUAAGCUACGGUUACUGGCCAUGGCAGACAACCUGAUGGCUAGAACCUGGUUUUACAACAUCUGUUUGUAGCUUAACGUUUCUAAAAUUACCGUUCGGAAUUGAUGUAUCCGGUGAUAGAGGCAAUUUGUUAAUAGUUUAAUAGAAGUAAAAUACCGAUUUUUGUUCAUAAUGGUUUAGAAUGAAUGUUAUCCAACGAAGCGUGUUGUGCUAGUUACAUAUUUCCGAUGGAACACAUUAAGAGCAAUGUUUGCAUACCUUACACAACUCACAAAGAUGAACAAUGUGUGGCAAUCGAACAAUAGCUUAAGGUACACCAAAUUCCAUCAAACGGCAUCAUAUUUCAAUGAUAAUUCCAAAUACAUAUUUACACAUUCAAUCGAGCGUAAACAACGAAUCCAUUUCUGUACAAUGAUGUUUCAAAUCGGGUCCACUCCUGCAAGGAUAGUGUUAGUUGAAAAAUUCUGAAACCCAAAUGAAAUAUCAGAAACAAUGAUUGCAAUUCUUCCACAAAAAAAUUUGUUUGGUU